CCCUGCGCGAAUUUUCAUCACACGAUGCGACGAUGCGACGAUGCAACGAUGCGACGAUGCGACCUGCCGCUUUUGCGACACGCCCACACUCGACUCGUCACUCGAGACUCGAGCCCCGAGGGACGGUUGAUCGACAGGGCCCCGCGAAUGCCCUCACCCGCACAGUCCAACUCCAGUCCAGUCCACACCCAGCAGACCCAGCCAAGGCAUGAUGCAUCGGAAGGGGCUGAGACUGAGAGGGGAAGGAUAGGGAAAAGCAGGGGAGCGGAACCCCCGGUGGUACAGCAGUACUACAGAAUGCAGAUGACGACUAUAUAUCUAGGCGUUCUCUCGCAUUGCCCCCUGAUUUUCCCUUUUCCAGUUCCGACUCGUCCACCACCAAGCUUCUUCUUGAUUCUUCUCCGCCAGGACAUUUCUUUUCUUCUUCGUCCGCCAUGAGAGUGCAGUCUGCCAUCACCGCGCUCGCGGUGCUGGUGACCACCGUCGCCGCCGAGGACCGCGUCAGCUACGACGGCUACAAGGUCUUCCGGAUCGACACCCACGACAACUCGGAGGAGAUCCACAGGCUGAUCGACGGCCUGCACGCCGUCGAGGUCAGCUGCGGCGAGAGCGACCACUUUGAGCUUGCUGUUGCCCCCGAGGAUGUCGAGGCUUUCCAGGCUCUCGGCUUGGACGCCUCUCUCCUGUCGGAGGAUCUGAGCGUCGACCUUGAAUUGGAGGGUCCCGUCGAGUCCUUCUAUGAGAGCGAAGAGUCCAACUACACCAUCGAGGUGAGGCAGCAGGCCCUCCCCGCGCUGUCGUGGUUCAGCUCGUACCGCCCGUACGCCGACCACGCCACCUUCUUCUCCCAGAUGCAGGCUGCCUUCCCCCAAAACUCGCGCAUCUUCAACGUGGGCAACUCGCACCAGGGCCGCUCCAUCUACGGCAUCCACCUCUGGGGCCCCAACGGCCAGGGAAACCGCCCGGCCAUCUACUUCCACGGCACCGUCCACGCCCGCGAGUGGAUCUCGGCCCCCGUCGUCGAGUACCUGACCUGGCAGCUCAUCAACGGCUACCGGAACAACGACGCUCUCGUGCGCUCCUUCUUCAACAAGUACGACUUUUACAUUGUCCCGUUUGUCAAUCCUGACGGCUUCGUCCACACCCAAUCGUCCGACCGUCUCUGGCGUAAGAACCGCCAGCCCCGCUCCGGCACCUCCUGCGUCGGCACCGACGGCAACCGUAACUGGAACUUCCAGUGGAGCACCCCGGGCGGCGCCUCCACCAGCCCCUGCAGCGAGACCUACCGCGGCCAAGCCGCCGGCGACACGCCCGAGAUCCGCGCCCUGACCACCUUCACCAACUCGCUCCGCACGCGCGGCAUCAAGCUCUUCAUCGACUGGCACAGCUACGGCCAGUACAUCCUCCUCCCCUACGGCUACAACUGCCAGGCCCGCGCCCCGAACCACAACGCCCAGAUGAGCGUCGCCGCCGGCUACUCCAGCGCCAUCCGCGCCGUCUCCGGCACCCGCUUCACCUACGGUCCCAGCUGCUCCACCCUGUACGCCACCACGGGCAGCUCCCCCGACUACAUGGGCGGCGCCAUGGGCGCUGAGUACGCGUGGACCGUCGAGCUCCGCCCCGGGCCUGGUAGCGGUAGCAGCGGUUUCGUCCUGCCCGCUGGCCAGAUUGCCGCUAGCGGCGCCGAGCAGUGGGAGGGUAUCAAGUAUGUCCUCAACACCAUCUAAGUAUAGAGCGUGGCUCGGAUUGGCGAAUGCUCUCGCAGUCUCCCUCGAAGACGAGAAUUUCUCAGAGGGGUUUUCUGAGGACUCGGGAGUCGGGAGAAACUCGAAAGCAUUUGUCUCUAUCCGUAGGGCAACAUAGUUCGCAAUGUCCAAUUCAGUAUUAUUUCUUGCCGAAA